AAAUGGCGUUCAAAUUUGUUGCACUGUUCGCUGUUCUGACAGUAGCUAGCGCGGGAAUUAUUCCGAUUGAGGAAGUCCAUUCGCACUAUCAACCAGCUUCCUAUUCCACACAUCUGGCUCAGCCUGCCUUGAUUAAGACCGUAGCUCAGCCCGCAACUAUCGUUAAAACCAUUGCACAGCCUACAAUAGUCAAGACGAUCGCUCAGCCAACGCUUGUCAAGCACAUUGACGAGGAUCACGAUGCCCAAUACGACUUCUCGUACGGCGUGCACGAUGACCAUACCGGCGACAUCAAGGAGCAGCGCGAAUCCCGCCACGGUGAUCAAGUGCACGGUCAAUACAGUCUGAUCGAUUCCGACGGACAUAAGCGCACCGUCGAGUACACUGCCGAUGAUCACAAUGGGUUCAAUGCUGUCGUACAUCGUGAACCUACCGAUAUCAAGAUUCCGCAGCCGAUUGUCCAGAAAGUCAUUGCUCAACCAGCCAUCGCCAAAGUCAUCGCCCAACCAGCGAAAAUUAUUGCCACUCAGCCAGCAUACUACCAUCAGCCAGCUCCAGCUGUCGUCAAAACCGUAGGACUGUCCCAUUUCCUAGCAGUUUGCGCUGUUUUUGCCGUAGCGAACGCCGGCAUUCAACAGCCAAUAAACCCAGUGUACCAUGCAGCGCCAAUCAACUUCGCACAGCCCGCUCUGUUCAAGCCAGCACAACAGCAAACUGUGUAUGCGCAGCCGGCUUUGAUCAAAACAGUACAGCAGCCGACUGUUGUCAAAACCUACGCUCAACCAGCGCUUGUGAAGAGCUACGCCCAACCGGCAAUCGUACAAAGUUACGCACAGCCAACAAUCGUCAAGAGUUACGCACAGCCUGCCUAUGUCAAACAGGUUGAAGAGUACGCACCGGCAAACUAUGAGUUCUCUUACUCCGUGCACGAUUCGCAUACUGGUGAUGUGAAGAGUCAGCACGAAACUCGCCACGGUGACCAGGUGCAGGGACAGUACAGUCUGCUGGAUGCUGACGGCCAUCAGCGCAUCGUAGACUACACUGCCGAUGACCAUAACGGUUUCAACGCGGUAGUACGUCGCGAACCAACUCAGGUGAAAGUUGCCCAACCUAUUCAGAAGGUUCUGGUUCAGCCAGCUUAUGCUGGACACUACUGAAGUGAAUAAGACUUGACAAACAUCGUGUAGGUAAAAUUGACAA